AUGAACUGCAACCAAUCCCUAGAUAUCCUGGGUAAAGUUGAAGAGGAGGUAUGGAUACGCAGAAUCGAUCAAGCCCGUAAAGAUGGGACGCUUUCUACUUGGGUCACAACAUUGCUUCCAGGCCAAGCAUCUUGUCAUUUAGCUAGCUGGGCUAUGAAGGGCUCCUACAACCACUGCCAAAAAUUGUUCUCCGAGGAUGGAACUGCAUAUGUGCUUCGUUUUCCUCUCGUUAGCGGCGUUUCUUCUGAUUGCGCCGACGAAAAAGCGGUCAUGGAAUUAGAGGCUAUUGAUUUGACCCGAAAGAAAAUCACUAUACCUGUUCCAAAAGUUCACGCUUGGGGUCUUGCCAAGGCCAAUCCCCUUGGACUUGGCCCGUUCAUAUUGAUGGAAUUCAUUGAGGGUGACCGAACCGAGGGGUUUUCGACGACUAGCGAGUAUUUUCACCAUACCAUCCACCAAGACCAACAACAGUUUCGAGACCAGCCUAAUUCAGUCCUUGAGGAGGAGGAGGGGGAGUCGAAUCUCGCCUCGCUGAAGAUUCUGGAAUUUAUGAUACCCGAGAUAGUGAAAAAAGACUACGAUCAAGGCCCAUCAAAUAUGAUUGUCAGGAGUCAUGAUGAUCUCACAAUUGUGGGAGUGGUGGACUUGGAAUGGGUUUAUGCAGGUCCAGCCCAGUUAUUCGCUUCAGCACCUUGGUGGCUUCUUUUCGAUCGGCCCACCGAUGAUAAUUGGGAUGUUGUGAAUGGAGAGCCUCCCAAGGUAGCAACCCGUUAUUUCAAACAUCUUGAAAAUUUCAAGCGCAUCUUGGAUGAAGAGGAGGGAAAAAUACCAGAAUCUCAGAAAGAAUUUUCCAACCUCGUUACAUGGUCCGAGGAAUCGGGUGCCAUGUGGCUCCAUAUGCUUGUGUCUAAUGGGUUUUUUGGCUCGUCUACUUUCCCUUGCUUUCAGCUACAGCAAAACGUGGGUGUCGAAGAAUGGGAAGAACAGAUAGAUGAGAUUCUGGAUCAGGAAGAGUCGAUAGAACUUCUAGCAAAGAAGCCGGGCGAGCGGGAAUUGUAUUACAAGGAGCUGGAGAAGGUUGGGGAAUGCAAACAUUGGCUAGAAUGCGAGGCCCUAACCAAGGAAGCGUUCAUUGUUAGCGUCAGGAAAUUGUUGGCAGAGGGACCUAGCGAGGAGAUCGAGGAACCCAGUCUGUUGGAUAGAUGGGUGCGACCUUGGUUCUGA